UUCAAACCAAAAAAUGACUUUCUUGUUGUUAUCGUGUCCUUGCUCUGUCUCUCUGCUCGUUUAGCAAGCCAUUGACAACCUUUCUUUGAACUGGAGUCACGAGCACAGUACUCACCGAUCCGAACUGUAAAUACCGGUUUCUGUUUGGUCAACGGGAAAAUUGAAAGAUAGAAUUGGAAAAUUUCAAGUACAAAGGGAAAAUGAGGUCGUCUUCUGCUCCCGGUAGAAUAAAUAUCGCUACCAGUGCUCAAAAGAUCGAUGUUGAUAAUCGGAUUUCUCUCCGGUUUUACUACCGAAUCGCUGAUAAUAUUCUAAAGCAGGCGGACAUCUUUCGAGAAGAGAAAAAUAUUAUAGACCUUUAUAUUAUGCUUUUGAGGUUUUCAAGCUUGGUAUCAGAAACGAUACCAUGCCAUCGAGACUAUAGGACAUCCCAACAAAGCAAGAAAAUAUAUUUGAAACAGAAAUUGUUGAAUGCUGUGAAGGAGUUGGAGCAGUUGAAGCCAGCAGUGCAGCAAAAGAUCAAUGAAUUGAAUAGAAAACAUACACAUCAAGUAAAUGGGUGGGGCUCUGUGAAUCAAAAUGAUUCGUUAGAGUGGCCUCCUGUCAAAAAGAAAACCUUGACUGGUUAUGAUGCUGGUGCAACAAAGGCAGUGAUACCAGCUGCACGAGAAUUUGUCUAUCAUGGUUCAAGAACUCAGCAAUUAUCAUAUGCUAGGCCAGUGGGGGAGCAGUUCCGGAAAAUGUCUUUAAACUUUCCACAACCAAAGGAGGAGACUCUGUCCAGACAUUCUAUACUGGGUCCAAAUGGGCUUCAGGGGCAAUGGCAACCACCUAAGAGUGAUAAAGGAGUCUGGUAUCCUAGCAACAUAGACCUCAGUCCGGUUGAAAUCCCUAGCCUGCAGCAACCUACAGAAAAUGGAUUUGCAGUGAAAAAGGACUCCAGCAAUUCACAACCACAUAACUUGCAGCAGUUCGAAGAAAAUGGACUCGCACUAAAAUUAGAUAGUAGCAGCUCAGAACUCGAAACAUUAAGUUCACAAUCAGUUCUCACUGUGAAUGAUAAUAGUCAGACGAGCCGUGUUGAAGAACUGAGUCCGAUGAUUUCUUUUGAAACAACAGAAACCCCUGUUCAGACAGAUCUGAUUAGACAGCCUUCUCCUCCAGCUGUGCUUGCAGAAGUACAAGACUUAAUACCUGCAAUGUCUCCCCAAGCUACUGAAGCAGAAAAUAAAAUGGACAUUUCUUCACCUGAUGAUAUUGUCCGUUCUGAAUCUCCCCUGCAACUGCACAUUUCGACCACAAUGAUGGAGAAUUUCAUGAAGCUGGCAAAGGCCAAUACUGAUAGGAAUUUAGAAACUUGUGGUGUCCUAGCUGGUUCACUGAAAAACAGAAAGUUCUAUGUUACAGCUCUUAUCAUCCCAAAGCAGGAGUCCACAUCAGAUUCAUGUCAGACCACAAAUGAAGAGGAAAUAUUUGAAGUGCAGGAUAAGCGAUCUUUAUUCCCCCUUGGGUGGAUACAUACGCAUCCUACACAGUCUUGUUUCAUGUCUUCAAUUGAUGUUCACACCCAUUAUUCGUAUCAGAUUAUGUUGCCAGAAUCCGUUGCCAUUGUCAUGGCGCCAAGAGAUACUUCAAGAACCCAUGGCAUUUUUCGGUUGACAACCCCUGGUGGCAUGUCAGUUAUAAGAAACUGCCAGCAACGUGGAUUUCAUCCGCAUGAUCAACCUCCAGAUGGUGGGCCCAUCUACAAGACCUGUACAGAUGUCUAUAUGAAUCCCAACCUAAAGUUUGAUGUCAUUGACCUUCGGUGAUCUUAUAUGUGCCAUUUUAAUGGCUGAUGUUUUGGUAAUGCAAUUGUUCAUAGUCAUCAUACAAUUCAUUUAUGGCGAGUGGCUUUACCAUUGGUCCUUAAAUUGUAAAAAUUCUUGCCUUUUGCAAAGAAGAGGAUAUUAGUACAUUACAAGUGCCUGUAUACUAGUACAAAUCAGUCCAUCACUGGGAACUGAAAAUCAUACAUUUGAGUUUUCUGACAAGCAAAUUCUCUCAACUCGAGAUCUUGUAACCAA